AUGCGACAGCGAGCAAUCGAUGGUUGGCCCGAUCACUGGUACAACCGCGAUGGCUACAUCUUCUGUCCCGCUCGAGGCUGCACCAAACUGUUCCACAAUGGCAACAUCAGAUUUAUAGGCCGCCACUGGGACGACCACAGGCCCGGCUACCCCAGCUACAACGACCACGGCAUCCUCCUAGCCAUUUGCCGCCAAAACGACUGCGUCUACUGCGACUACCAUAACGAUCACAGCCUCAAAGAGCUCUUGGCUCAUGAGCAAGAGAAGCAUGGGACUAGCAACAUGUCAACGAUGCAAGGUUACCUGUAUUUGAUGAGGCGAGGUCUCAAUGACAAUACCGUUGAGGCGCGCGUCUGUAGGGAUCAAGCGUUCAAGCGCUUGGUAGACAAUGUUUGGAAUUCCGAGUACCGCAACCGCCUUCUCUACCACGUUAUUCCUCGGACGCUACCACACGAGGCCCGCAUGUGGAGAGAUCUCUGUCCAAUCCUCUGCCAGAAUCGCCCGGCUGGACAACCGGAGGCUACAGUCAUCUUGGCGCAAGAUUUCCUGACACAUCUGCGUCCGAGCCCGGGUGAUCAUCCUGCUUGGCCACCAACUUAUCACGGUUUGCGGGCUAGGGCGAUGGGAAUGACGGUCCAUGAUUCGACAUCCAGCAGUCAUGUAAACUUGAAAAUGGCAGGCUGUCAGCCCGGAGCAAAGGGCAUGAACGGCUACCCAAGCCAUUGGUACGACGAUGAAGGCAAAAUUCCCUGCCCAGCACGCGACUGUGGCAUGCUAUUCACCCGCAACACCAUCCACAGAUUGGGGCUCCACUGGAUUAAUGAAGAUGAUGCUCCGAUUACCCUUCAAAUCAAAGCCGAGCACAGCAUUCUCCACAGCAUGAUACUCCAAAGGAAAUGUCCCUACUGCGACUUCGCCACCCCUGAUCACCGAAAACUAUUUCAUCACGAGGAAACCGAGCAUGGUUCGAGCAACUUGUCUCGACUCAACGGAGUCGUUAGCCUAGCUAGGCAAGGUAACCUUUAUAAAAAGGUACAUCCAAUCAUCUUCCAGCGCCUGGUGCGGAACAUCUGGGAAAACUCUCUCCUGCGCAAUUCCCUCUUCCGCCGGGCAACCGACAUGGAGGGACCUAUACCAGUCAAUGGAUUCGUGCCAAUGCAGCCUACUCCAGAAUUCCUCCCAUGGAUUCUAGGUCCUCCUCACGUUUAUUUGCCCGGUGAGGAUCCGGCCUACCCGAUGGUGUCACCUCAGGAUUUCCUGAAGCAUCUAGCACCUACGGACGCAUAUAGGCUUAAGGAUCCCAUCUGGGAAUAUAGAUGGGAUGAAUUGCGAAGGCGGUAUGCGUCAGGAGAAUUGUGA